UUCUUAGAUUAAUUUUAAUUAAGUAUAAACAAAACUUUUAAUGCUACUAUUUUUGUCGAGUCUGUUAACAUUUUGAUAUUGCGUAUAAUUACUGUAAAAUAUGAAAUACAUUAUUCCGUUAGUUGUGGUGGUUAUUUUUGUAUUUAUUAGGUUUGCCCAAUGCAAAGAAGUAAAAUGUUCCAAAAAAUCAUUUAUUUGCCAAGACGCCACAAGCUUUUACGAAUGCAUCAGCGAUGAAAAAGGAAACUAUUUCAAUACAGGAGUUCUACAAUCUUGCCCUCCGGGCCUGAUGUGCGACGACAAAAACGAAAUCGAAUGCGAAGAAGACAUUUCAAUGGAAUUUUUAACCGACAGAAAACUUAGUUUCAAAUUUGCUGCGCCCGCUGGACGAAAACACAUAAUUGACGAUGAGUAAAUUGCAAUUCGUGUCAAACGAAAACGAAUCUGGCUCUCCAAAAUAAAUAUUGCUAUACGUGUUUGAGUUUUCACUACUUUACCUACAUUUUGUAUGGUGCUUUACAUCUGUCGUUUCCUUUGGUAAAUUUUAAUGAUGCCGACUUUGUAAAUGUGAGAUUUUAUAAUGUUUAAGGCGCAAAUAGCUCAUUUAUAGCCAUGAGUUUGUACUUUUUUUUCCUUUUUAUAUAUUUUGUAUUCUCCAAUAAAAACAAUAUAGAUGGUGUAAAUACUCAUAGAUACGUAUAUUUUUUCUUAAAAAC